UACGUUCAUCUUCCUUUUCCGCUCCUUGAGUCCACCAUGGCAGUCGGCAAGAAUAAGAGACUGACCAAAGGAGGCAAAAAAGGUGCCAAGAAGAAGAUUGUGGAUCCUUUCUCCAAAAAGGAUUGGUAUGAUGUCAAGGCGCCAGCUAUGUUCAACAUCCGCAACCUGGGCAAGACUCUGGUCACCAGGACACAGGGAACCAAAAUUGCAUCGGAUGGUUUGAAGGGCCGUGUGUUUGAAGUGAGUCUGGCCGACCUGCAGAACGAUGAGGUUGCCUUCCGCAAGUUCAAGCUCAUCACUGAGGAUGUCCAGGGCAAGAACUGCCUUACCAACUUCCAUGGCAUGGAUCUGACUCGUGACAAGAUGUGCUCCAUGGUCAAAAAAUGGCAGACCAUGAUUGAGGCACAUGUGGACGUGAAGACCACCGAUGGCUACCUGCUUCGCCUUUUCUGUGUCGGUUUCACUAAGAAACGCACAAACCAGAUCAGGAAAACCUCCUAUGCUCAGCACCAGCAGGUCCGUCAGAUCCGUAAGAAGAUGAUGGAGAUCAUGACCCGUGAGGUGCAGACCAAUGACCUCAAGGAAGUUGUAAACAAACUGAUCCCUGACAGUGUUGGCAAAGACAUUGAGAAGGCCUGCCAGUCCAUCUACCCCCUCCAUGAUGUCUACGUCAGGAAGGUUAAAAUGCUCAAGAAGCCCAAGUUUGAAUUGGGGAAGCUGAUGGAGCUCCAUGGUGAGGGGGGAAGCACCACCACUGCCAAGCCCACCGGAGAUGACACUGGUGCCAAGGUGGAGAGGGCUGAUGGCUAUGAGCCCCCCAUCCAGGAAUCUGUCUAAACUCAUGCCUGCAAAGUUCAAUAAAACACAAAUCCCUACA